GCGCCAUCUUGGUGCCCGCCCAGCCGCUGCGUCAACGUGCAGCAAAGACAACCACUGACGAUGUCCCUGCCCCUCGGGGCGCCCACUUCUUGACUUGCGGGCUCCGCACAUGCCUUGCCUUGGCCUUCCUUGCCUUUUCCCGGGCCCCUUGCUGGGCGCUGCGCCGGCCCUUGUGCGUUUCCUCCGAGCCUUGACCCUCGCUUCCCGGGCUCGCAGCGAGAAAUGGCCGACAAACCGUCCUUUGUCGUCGUUGGCGAAGAGACGCCUGUGAUGCGGUACGACACCUCCCGUUGGUUAGUAGUAGCUUAUUAGUACCGUACCUAUCUGUGUCACGGCGUAUUCGGGUGCCUGCCCGUGUCAGGGCCCGUGUCCAGUCAGUCAUUUCAUCCAGUCCCCCGCCCGCCAGCCAAAACGUGGCACAGUGUCGCGGGCAGUCGCCCCUCUCUCUCCCCGCUUCUAGCGCCGGUCCGAGUACGAGCGAGCUCCGAGCCCGAAUCAGCCUACCCUGGACCGAGCCGGCCUUGUCAACUUGCAGCAUCACAUUUCAGCUGCUGGUCCCAUUUCGGCCAGCUGCCGGUCGCGGGGCCCCCACCUCCAACCAACAAGAAUGCGCCCGCCAGAAACUUAUGCCGACGCCAAACUUUCCCGCUGCCAAGCUGCGUCACGUCAAACUGCGCCUCUCUCCCGACAUCACAUCACCGCCCGCCCGCCCGCCCGCCGCCGCUGCAUCCUCCCUUGCCCUUGCACGCGCGGGGCUGACAAACGAGCUCGACUUUGCAGUCGGCUCCCUUGCUUCGCGCCGCCACAUCGUCUCAGCCGCCGCCGCCGCCGCCAUGAGCAAGUUUGGAGCCAUGAUCAUGGGCCCCGCGGGGGCGGGCAAGUCCACCUUUUGCGCGGCCCUCAUCACCCAUCUCCAGCUCAAUCGCCGCUCCGCCUUUUACGUCAACCUCGACCCCGCGGCCGAGUCGUUCGAGCACACGCCCGACCUCGACAUCAAGGAGCUCAUCUCGCUCAAGGAUGCCAUGGAGGAGGUGGGCCUCGGCCCCAACGGCGGCCUCAUAUACUGCUUCGAGUUCCUCAUGGAGAACCUCGACUGGCUCACCGAGGCCCUCGACAGCUUGACCGAGGAAUACCUCAUCAUCAUCGACAUGCCCGGCCAGAUCGAGCUGUACACCCACAUCCCCAUCCUGCCGACCCUCAUGCGAUAUCUUUCCGCGCCGGGGUCGCUCGACAUCCGCAUGGCCGCCGUCUACCUCCUCGAGGCCACCUUCGUCGUCGACCGGGCCAAGUUCUUCGCCGGCACCCUCAGCGCCAUGAGCGCCAUGCUGAUGCUCGAGGUGCCGCACAUCAACGUGCUGUCCAAGAUGGAUCUGGUCAAGGGCCAGGUCAAGAAGAAGGACAUGAAGCGGUUCCUGACGCCCGACGUCGGCCUGCUGGAUGACGACCCGGCCGACCGCAGCAGGCGCCUCGCCGGCGGCGCCGAGGAGGACGAGGAGGACGAGGCGCGGCGGCCCGACGAGCGCGACCAGAUCAUGAAGGGCACGAGCUUCCGGAAGCUGAACCGCGCCGUGGCCGGGCUGAUUGAGAGCUUCAGCAUGGUCAACUACCUGAAGCUGGACGUGACGGACGAGGACAGCGUCGGCGCCAUUCUGAGCUACAUUGACGACUGCAUCCAGUACCACGAGGCGCAGGAGCCCAAGGACCCCAACGACGAAGAAGAGAUGGACCAAGAAGAUGACGACGAGUAACGACAGCCGGGAUG